AUGUAUUCAUCUCGAGCAGUGCCUGUACAAUACACUCGACAUCUCGCUACCGCGGCUAAGCGAAGACCCACCCCGGUUAGACAGAUUUCUAAAGCAGAGACCAAGAAGUACUCUUUUUAUGAUUUGGUGUUGCGCACCCCUUCACAUCCACGACACCCCAUCGAGGCGCUGUUGAUGAGAGACAGUGAACUCAGGGAAUUGAAAAAACACACCAAAGUUAGAUUCGAGGGUAACUAUUCCCUCGACCCAAACAUCAGUGCGGAGGAGCGUAUAGCCAAGGUCUUUGGUGGUCGAAUCAAAGGUGAAGAUCGUCAAGCAUCAAGUAGAAUAGAGCGUGGUGAGCCAAAAGUAAUUGCUGGAGUAACUGUACCAUGUCGUCCACCUGAGCCAGACAACUGUUGCAUGAGUGGAUGUAUAAAUUGUGUUUGGGAGUUGUUUCAGGACGAUUUGAAUGAAUGGAAUGAAAAACGGGACAAGGCCGCCAGGAAACUCGUGGCCAAUGGUGGGAGAUGGCCUGAGAAUUUCAAUCCACCGUUGAAAUUAUUGAAACGGGAAAAUUAUCCUCCUAGCUUAGCGGAUUUGCCUGAUUCAAAAUUGACUCCCGAAAGAGUCGAAGGCACAGUUCAGGAUGAAACUUGGGGUGAUGUACCGGUCUCCAUCCGAGUGUUUACCCAAGCGGAAAAGAGGAUCAAGGCCAGACACAAGCAAAGAUUAGAGGAGUUGGCAAGAAAGAACCACCAAGACACCAAUGGUGAAUCCUCCAAAAAAGAGCAAAGCGCUUCCACUGAAGAGCAUUCCAGAGAACAAUCCUUACAAAGCAACACGCAUCAAAAGCAAUUACAACGUGCACAAUAA